AUGGGUCUCUAUGGAGAAGAAUUAACAUUUGAUAAAUUUUGCGAUAUUCUUAUACCGGUUAUAACUGGUGGUCAAACUGAUCGACAUGAUGAUUAUUCAAUAUGGUUAGCAUUUUGUUCAUUUGAUAAAAAUGGUGAUCAUUAUAUACAAGCUGAUGAACUUGAAACAUUAAUGCGUAUUAUUGGUAAAUCUGUUAGUCGAGAACGUAUAAGAUAUUAUAUUGAUAAAGUUGAUUGGGAUUAUAAUGGUAAAUUAGAUUAUAAUGAAUUUCGAGAAUUUAUUGUACGUGGUUAUGCACGUGAAUUACUUAUGAUGGAUAUAACAAGAGAAAUUGUGUAUUCAAAUGAACCAAUGAAAAUACCACCAAAUAUUUCUGUAUAA